AUCAUGGUGUCGUCACCCGCGGAACGUUUGGCCACGGAUUCGUCCGAUACGACGGACGAGGAGCCGGAAAAGUCGGAACCCCCAAACCCGACCGAAUGCGACUCGCUGCACAGUGGCCGUCAGCUGGUGCACACGAUCCUACCCAUCAAUGUGGACGUUCUGUUCGAGCUGCUGUUUUCCCGCUCCAAAUUCCUCACGGAGUUCCACGAGGUGCGUAAAACCACCGACAUGGUACCGGGCGAGUGGAAGCUGAACAAGGACGGGCUGAAGGAGCGCGUCGUAACGCUAACGAUUGCCAUUACGCAAACGAUCGGACCCAAGAAUGCCCACGUCACGGAAACGCAGGUGAUGCGCAAGUGUUCUCUGCCGAGCCAGCUGUACGCGAUAGAUGUGACCGCCGUGCAGGGUGGCAUCCCGUACGCGGACAGCUUCUACGUCACGCAGCACUACUGCAUGUCGCGUACGGUCGACAACCACACGGUGUUUUCCGUGCACGCGCAGGUCCACUACCGGAAGUCCAUCUUCGGCUUCGUGAAGGGCUUCAUCGAGAAGAACACCUGGGUCGGGCUGGAGGAUUUUUACACCUCGCUGUUGCGCAACCUGCAAAGCGAGUACUGCAUUCCACCUGCCAAGGGCAAGGGCCGGCGUACGCGGCGCAACGUACACACCCAGAACAAGGUGCUGGAGGAAACGAUCACCAUUGCCGAUACCAAAGUAAAGCAACCGAUACGGGUGCCGCAUGCGGCCGCUGGUGUAACCGCCCAGAAGGCCAGCUCCAAAUCCCACUGGUAUCGGAGGCUGGUGGCGAUCAUGCUGCUCAUACUGGCCGUGGUCAACAUAACGCUCUACGCGAAGCUACUGCAGAUGGAGGACAUCGAACGGGUGUCGCGAUUGGAACACAGCGAGGAGCUCGAUUCGUUGCUGCUGGCGAAAACCGUCCGAACGCGUAACGAUUGGUUGAUGAUCUUCCAGCAGCAGGAGUCGCGUUACAACGACGAGAUGCUCGAAUGGCAGCGGGUUCUGUCGUCGGUUACGGAAAUGUUGAACAAGGCUAGCGUGCUCUGCACGAAGUUGUGUCGAAUUCCUGACAACGGUACCACGAGCACUGGUGCAGGGUAGGCACCGGCGCCCGUGAAAGAGCAGAUAGGAUGGUCCUAGUUGGUUUGGUGGUUCCUUGUUAGGGUUAGUAUUAUUCGAUUCUCCAUUCGUUUGCCGACAACGUGAAUGAUUGUCGUAGUGGUCCGCUGUCCCUGGACG